GCAAAGCUUUGCCGCUGGCGCCCAUCCAAUCUUGACUUGCCGGUUGGCAAGUAAAAGUUUUAAUAGCAUUCGGCUGUCUUUUGCUAUUUCUAUUUUCCAGUUGUUUCCAGUUAAAGCUCAUGAUCUGGUUUUUUAUUGUGUAGAACACCAAAUCUAAGUGCCUCAUUCAUCGUGACUCGUCACGUGGCAUGGGGGCGCGAUGCGCCCCGGCGCGGCUGGUGGCCAGCUGUCCCCUACCCCGCCCCUCGCCUCCCCCUGAGGCGUCGCGGCGGAAGGGCACGGGCCGCCGGCGACUAGCUCAGUUGGCGGCCAGAUUCGGACGGGGAGGGUCACCGACGUAAACGGAGGACUCGUAAAGGGUCAACGCGCUGACUGGGGGCAGGGACCAGUCGUCCCAGCCAUGACUCUCCUCAGGAAGUCGGUGCCGGCCGUCUACCGGAGAUACCUCAACAGCACCUCCGGGGCACGCGCCUUCUCCGAUCACAGUACGCCCGCUGCCCGGCAGGAUGACAGUAUUCGCGGCAAGGUGCUGGCCAUCCGGCGAGAGGACCAGUCCGUCUGGGAGCGCAGGGCGCCGCUCGCGCCGCACCACGUCCGGAAGCUGGUCAAGGAUGGCGCACGGGUGCUGGUCCAGCCCAGCAAUCGGCGAGCUUAUCCCAUGCAGGCCUACAUCAACGCCGGCGCCCAGAUCAAGGAGGACAUCGGCGAGGCCUCAGUCAUCAUGGGCGUCAAACAGGUGCCCAUUGACGCGCUCAUCCCCAACAAGACGUACUGCUUCUUCUCACACACCAUCAAGGCGCAGGAGGCCAACAUGCCGCUGCUGGAUGCCAUUCUAGAGAAGAACAUCCGCCUGCUGGACUACGAGCGAAUGUGCGACGAGCGCGGCCAGCGAGUGGUGGCGUUCGGAAAGUACGCCGGUGUGGCCGGCAUGAUCAACAUCAUGCACGGCAUGGGACUGCGGCUGCUGGCGCUCGGUCAUCACACUCCAUUCAUGCACAUCGGUCCGGCCCACAACUACCGCAACUCUGAGAUGGCGCGUCAGGCGGUGCGGGACGCCGGCUACGAGAUCGCUCUGGGCAUGCUGCCCCGCUCGCUGGGCGCGCUGACCUUCGUGUUCACCGGCUCAGGGAACGUGUCUCAGGGAGCUCAGGAGAUCAUUCAGGAGCUGCCCCACGAGUAUGUGUCGCCCGAUAUGCUCCAGAAGGUGGCAGAGCACGGAGCGCAAAACAAGGUGUACUGUUGCGAGGUGUCGCGUCCCGACUACCUGGAGCGUCGGGACGGCGGCGGCUACAACGCUGAGGAGUACGAGGAGCACCCCGAGAGGUACAUCUCCACUUUCGCCACAAAGAUCGGUCCCAACGUCUCCUGUCUGGUAAACGGUAUCUACUGGGAUCCGAACUCGCCCAAACUGCUGACCCUACCGGACGCCAAACGACUCCUGCAGCCCGUCAACCAGCCCUGGCUCCCGCAGACCGAAGGCUCGCCGCGUCUGCCGCACCGUAUGAUCGCCAUCUGUGACAUCAGCGCCGAUCCGGGCGGCUCUCUGGAGAUGAUGACCGAGUGCACGACCAUCGACUCGCCGUUUUGUCUGUACGACGCCGACCAGCACAAGGAUAAGAACAGUUUCCGCGGUCCCGGUGUGCUGGUCUGCAGUAUCGACAACAUGCCCACCCAGCUGCCGCGCGAGGCCACCGACUUCUUCGGCAACCUGCUCUUCCCCUACGUGUACAACAUCCUGCAGUCGAACGCCGACCGGCCCUUCGAGCAGCAGCCCUUCAACCCCGUCAACAAGGGCGCCGUGAUCGCCAGCAAUGGAAAGCUGACUCCCAACUUUGAGUACAUCGACGAACUGCGAAGGGGAAGCAGGUCGCGCCAUAAGGCAUCCAUGGCUCACGCGGCGGCCGAUAAGCGGGUGCUGGUGAUCGGCUCCGGGUACGUCUCCGAGCCCCUGGUCGAGUACCUGUCGAGAGACCCCAAGACGCACAUCCACCUGGCGUCGGCGGUGCAGAACGAGUUGGACGCACUGAGCACCAAGUACGACAACACGGUGGGAACCCUGCUUAACGUGACCGAGCGGCCCGACCACCUCAGCGGACUGGUGGAGGACGCGGACGUGGUGGUGUCGCUGCUGCCGUACUCGCUUCACCCGGUGGUGGCGCGCGCCUGCAUCCAGCACAAGACCGACCUGGUGACGGCCUCGUACUGUACUCCCGAGAUGCGCGCCCUGGAGGGGGCCGCUAAGGACGCCGGCAUAACCGUGGUGAACGAGGUGGGCCUGGACCCGGGCAUCGACCACCUGCUGGCCAUGGAGUGCUUCGACGAGGUCCACCACGGCGGAGGCAAGGUGAAGUCGUUUGUUUCCUACUGCGGAGGCCUGCCGGCGCCCGAGUGCUCCGAUAACGCCCUGAGGUACAAGUUCUCCUGGUCGCCGAUCGGUGUCCUCCGCAACACAACCCAGGGCGCUUCGUACCUGAAGGACGGUAAGAUGGUGGAAAUCCCGGCGGGCCAGCUGCUGCACUCCUGUCAGCGCAUGGACUUCUUGCCGGGCUUCGCGCUGGAGGGAUUCGCCAACCGUGACUCUACCAUCUACGGCAAGCUGUACGGCAUCCAGGAGGCCCAGACAAUCCUGCGCGGCACUCUGCGCUACUGCGGCUACUCGGAGGCCGUGCUGGGUCUCCAGGAGACCGGUCUCCUCAGCGACGACUCUCACCCGGCCGUGCACCCCGGCGGUCCCGACAUCACCUGGUACGAGCUGCUCUGCACCCUGCUCGGCCAGGAGGGCUCCGUGUUCUACGAUAACCUCCGGCUGCUGCUGCUGCAGCGUGCCGGCAGCGAGCAGCGUGUCCAGGCCAUGGAGAAGCUGGGCCUGCUCAGCGACGCCCCCGUUCACAAGAGCGGCUCGCUGCUGCGCGCGCUCAGUGAUCACCUGGCCGAGCGGCUGCGCUUCGGCGCCGGAGAGCGGGACCUGGUGGUACUGCGUCACGAGAUCGACAUCGAGUGGCCCGACAAGCGGCUGGAGCGGCGCGGAAUCAACCUGGUGACGUACGGCCAUCCGGACGGCUUCUCAGCCAUGGCACGUACCGUCGGCUACCCGUGCGCCAUCGCCACUCAGAUGGUGCUCAACGGAGAGAUCCAGGGCAAGGGCAUGGUGCUGCCGCUGACGCCAGAAAUCUUCCGGCCACUGCUGAAGCGGCUCCAGCACGAGGGUAUCACGGCCACGCAGAAGUCCACCAGCCUGUAGGAAAUUGAAAUUGAAGCGCGAGGACAAGGGGAGGUCAACAAUUCGACGACGCCCCGCGAUGGUUAACGAAUAUGGUGAGUCAGGCUGGAGCACUGGAUAGCUCCUGAGGAGCCAGGCGAAUCCAGGGAACUCAGGAUGAAGGCCCUGAUCCAGCUAUUUACCUGCCAACAACCGAACGAGCUUACUCAGUCUCAAUGCGAUGCAGCAAUGAUAUAAGACGAGGUUCGCUGGGCGAGAUAAUGUGUUCUUCGCUUGUUUGUCGUCCCUUACAGAGCUAGAUACAGACAUAUUUAGUACAGAAUUAGGAUCGAAGCUGUUAGGUCAAGCCAGUGGUAGUAGUUCAUGGUCACAGUUGGAAGAGUUGGGAUGUGGAAUCAUGAUCUGAAUUAGGUGUGUGUUCAUUUUGUGGAUGAUGUAAGGGUAGUUCUUGUGCCGAUAUUAGUUAAUACUCAAUUUAGUGGUAUUAUUUACAUCAUAGUACCGCGAACACAGGUUUGUGACUUUCAUAGCUGUUCACAGAAACUGAAGACAAGCGGAGGGACUUACGUGGGUCAAUAGACUCGCGCGACGGCUAAAAGACAUGCUGUUACACAAAUGACAACACAUACGCGCAACGAUAGCUCAAACAAGUGCCUUCAAAUGUGAACUGUUACGUGCCAUAUUUGAGGGGCCCAUAGUGCGACAGCUUUGAUGUAAACUAUUGAAUCUCAUUGCACUCGGUCAGCUUCAAAGUGCCGCUUUUGAAACUCGACUAUCUCUUCCAGCAUCGCGUUGGUAUCAGAGAGCUUAUACACUGUUAGCAUUACGAGCUUUGCGAUCGAGCUUAGAACGGCAUUGGCGUGUAAGCGGACGAUGUUUAUUUUCAUGUCGCUAAUGAUGAACUUAUGAAGGCUGGUUUGAACCAUGAAUUUUGACCACUGGUACAUGUGGCUGUAGUUUUGUUCCAUAUAGUGUAAAUAAACUAUGUCAUUGUU